GAAGGACCAGAGCCCCAUUCCACCAGCUGCAGCCAUUGCACAGCUAAGCAUCCUCCACAUUCAACAGGAGGGAGAGGCUGAGCGCAGCCCCCUGCGCCUCCGCCGCCGCCUUUGCAUCCCGCCAGCCCCUCGCCAUGGCCAAGGAAGGAGCAGAGAAAGCGGAGGAGACGGAGCAGAUGAUAGAGAAGGAGGGAGGCAAGGAAGCUGCCGAGGGCAGCGGCAGCCAGCGGGCAGGGGACACCAAGGAGAUGCGAGCCGUGCUGCUGUCUGGCUUCGGGGGGCUCAACAAGCUCCGGGUGUCCAAGAAAGUCAUGCCGGAGCCUCAGGAAGGGGAGCUCAAAAUCCGAGUCAAAGCCUGUGGUUUAAACUUCAUUGAUCUGAUGGUGCGGCAGGGGAAUAUCGACAAUCCUCCCAAGACGCCGCUUGUUCCUGGGUUUGAGUGCUCCGGGAUCGUAGAGACUCUGGGGGACAGUGUAACGGGGUUUGAGAUUGGCGACAGAGUCAUGGCUUUCGUAAAUUAUAACGCAUGGGCUGAAGUAGUAUGUACCCCAGUAGAAUUUGUCUACAAGAUUCCUGAUGACAUGAGUUUUUCUGAAGCUGCUGCCUUUCCUAUGAACUUUGUAACUGCCUACAUGAUGCUCUUUGAAGUGGCCAACCUAAGAGAAGGCAUGUCUGUGCUGGUUCACUCUGCAGGGGGUGGUGUGGGUCAAGCCGUUGCUCAGCUCUGCUCAACAAUCCCCAGUGUUACAGUUUUUGGAACAGCUUCUUCAUUCAAACAUGAAGCAAUCAAAGAUUCAGUAACUCACCUGUUUGACAGAAAUGCAGAUUAUGUCCAAGAAGUAAAGAGAAUCUCAGCAGAAGGAGUAGAUAUUGUUCUGGAUUGCCUGUGUGGAGAAAAUACUGGAAAAGGCCUCAGUCUUCUCAAACCACUUGGGACAUACAUUUUAUAUGGUUCAUCCAAUAUGGUUACUGGGGAAACAAAAAGCUUCUUUAGCUUUGCAAAAUCAUGGUGGCAGGUUGAGAAAGUGAACCCUAUCAAGCUGUAUGAAGAGAAUAAAGUCAUUGCUGGAUUUUCUCUGCUAAAUCUACUUUUCAAACAGGGUCGAAGUGGCCUAAUUAAGGGCAUAAUGGACAAACUGAUAACACUGUACAAUGAGAAGAAGAUCAAGCCUCUGGUUGAUUCAUUAUGGGCCCUGGAAGAGGUGAAGGAGGCCAUGCAAAGAAUCCAUGACCGGGGUAAUAUAGGAAAACUUAUCCUGGAUGUGGAGAAGGCACCCACUCCAUUAAUGGCCAAUGACAGCACAGAGACAAGUGAAGCCGGAGAAGAGGAGGAGGACCAUGAAGGGGACAAUGAGAAUAAAGAACGAAUGCCAUUCAUCCAGUAACCCAUAAGAAUGGAGGGGCAGGGAAAAUCCGAAAGAUUGAUCAAGUAGAAAGGAACAAGACUGGGAAAUCUAUUCUGUGCAUCAGUGAACAAAUGCUGUAGUACAGUGUGUGUUGUAUUUGUCUGCAGCCAGCUGAGCUAUAAGUUGUUGAUCAUUGUUGUUUUGAACUCAAGUGCCAUUCCCAUCCAGUGCAGUAUUAUGACAUUCCAUAGUGUGACGGCCAGUCUGUAGGAGUCCCUUUGAUUUUCUUUUCCUAUCUAAAAGCCUUAUUAAUGUACUGUGUAACUUUAGAUGGGCAUCUUUCCUCAUGUGAAUUUAUUGCGUUACGUUUUUUUUCCCCUUAAUUCUCUGCCAUUGUUUAGUAUGCUGCAGUAAUUGGAGGGAGGUCUUUCAGUCUGUGGACUUUCAGUAAAGAAGGCCAAAACAUAGCAUUUCUUUGUGAACCACAAAUAAGAAGCUACAAAGAAGACAAAUUAUAUUUCCCUGGAUUGUGCUAUUCAUCUCAUAAAUUCUAGCUUAAGUUUUUAAAAAUACCUCAUUUGUAAACCUAGAUAAUGUUCCAGAAGUCAUUACUAGGUGGUUUUAAUUAGUAUUGUGUAACCACAUUCGUCAUCAGCACUACAAAUUAAAUGGAAAUUGAUCCAUGGUGCCAAGUGCCACACUUACUUUUGGUCCCCCUAUGUACCAUUCCCUUUAAAUUACUUGAAAGAAAAGCCAAUGGACUACUUUUUCUGCCCAGUGAUUCUUAACUAUAUGCAACUGUUACAAAAUUUACUAUUGAUUCAACAACUCCUCCCAAGGUUUAAUUUGAGUUAGGUGUGUCCAAAAGCUGAAGCAACCAUAUUUGUUGUAUUAUUUAAUGGAUGGCUAACAGUAGGUUCGUUGUUCAGCACAUGGAAUAGCACAUGUUCAGCACAUGUUUUGUUGGUUGAGUUUAGACUUCUGAAGUCACUAGUGAACUAAAAAGCUGAGUGACAGCCCAAAUUCUUACAAAGAUGAAUCAGUUUGCUCACAACUUUUAGGCCUCAAUUUCAUCAGCACUUAUGCGCACGAAUAACUUUACAUAGAUGAGUAAUCCCAUGGAAGAUCUGUUCCCUUGCAUAAAGUAUUCACAUGCGGAAAUGUAUGCAAGAUCAAGCCCUUAAGAAUGUGUAGCAUAUCUACCUCCCAGUAAUGAAAAGAAACACAAAACAUGACACUGAAACAAAUAUGCUUGUCCCCAUCUUCCACUUACCCAAGUUGCAGCUAGUCAAUUCUCCCACCCAACCUUUUUUAAAAAAAACAAAACAAAACACUGCAACCACUCACAAUAGAAGCAGUAAAGGAAUGUUCCCAAGAUGUCAUAUUCUGACAGCUUCCUCUUGAACUUAAUGUCUUUCUCACAAAAGAAAACACUUCUUCAAAAUGCCAAGUUAUUUGAUCUCCUAAACCUAUCAGCAUUAAGUAGUGAUUGACAUGAAAAAUGGGUUUCUCCAGCUUUUCUUAAUGUGAUGGGAAAGAUAGGUCUGGAUGACUUUUGUAUGUGGUUUUAGAAGAUUGUCUUUCUGUCUUUCUUUCUGUCUCUUUCUCUUUCUUUCUUUCUGUUUAAUUCAAUGGUACCAGAGUAUUAAUGUCCAUUUCUUUAUUUUGCGCUCAUGCAGUUGCUGCUAUAAUACCAGUUAAUUAUGGCAGAAAGUUCAUUUUAAAUGAGUUUGCCGUGGGUUGAAAAAAAUUACAAAUAAUGAAAAAAGGCCAAAUAGUUUAUAGAGAAAUAUGCCACAAGUAAGCUACUGUUGAAAUAUGACACAGAAUUUCAGGGGUGUUUUUAUAGAAUUUAAUAUGGAACUUCAGCAAUUUGUAUCUUGUCAUGCCAAUGUUUAUCUAAAUUAUUAGUGCCACAUUAGGCCCAAGUUUGCCAUCAAUAUCAGACAUGAAUUCAGUGAGAAUUCUGCAUGAAUUGAGACUGCUAAAUUGGGCCUUUAAAGGAAUCACCAUUUAUUUUUUGUCAUAGAUAAGAUGACAACAGUACAAACAAUGGUCGGUUAUGUUUAUUUAAAAGUUACUGUAGCAAUUUUGUCCUGCAACCUAAAAAAUAAUUCAUCAGUUUUCAUUUGGCACUGAGCUGAGCAAUAUUGCUAGUAACCCUGAGCUGGCAGUAAAGUGGCAUUCUCAAGACCUGUAGAGAAUUAGGGAAAGCAGAGUAACAAACCAGUUCUUCUAUUAAUACCACAGUGUUGGUGGGGCUGCACUUAAAAUAAAAGUUAAUGUUCCCAGAGUAUCAGUAGAAAUAGUAGAGGACAAUGAUCAAAGGAAACCAUUUUUCUUGUCCAUUCUGGUUAUUUUAAUGAGGUAAAACCACUUCUGAUGCAACUCAUGCCAAUUUAGGACCUGUUUCUGAGCUCCAAAAUACCACCUUAAAGAAAUUCUACUACUUCAUUAGAAGCAGGAUUGGACUGUGAGAGCAAAAUUUGAUCCACUAGCCCGAACAGUUUACAGAAACUUCACAAAAGGUGGCAUCUCUUUUGGCUGGCCUGUUACAGGCUAUUCAGAAGAAAAUGAUUGUAAGCUGUUUUUAGUGAACAAAACCUGCUCGUGGUCUAAACAAAUAUUUGCAUUUACUACUUCCUAACACUGUGAGUUGCAACUUCUCUCUCAAUAAUUGAUUGAUUGGUUUGAAAUAAAUUAUUUCUCAAUUUUGCCUUAAGGAACUGUGAAACCUUCUCUUUAACUUAAGCCUGAUUGAAGUGAACUGAAACAUUGUUUAAUUGUCUUGUUGCUUUAGAGCUUCUGUUAUAUUGUGCCUAAAAAGCAAAUUAUGUUUACAUAAAAAUAUAAAUAAAAUAUUACGCAUAGCA